AUGGAGCACCUCAACUCUUCCAGGACCUCCACCUUGGACCCAACCUUCCAGGAUUCAGGCCGGCUGACAUCGAGUGUCAUCCUGGGUAUGUGCUGUGUAUUGGGUCUCCCUGCUAAUAUAGCUGUCCUGGUGGUCAUCCUGCGCCGCUCCCCCCGACGCCUCAACUUCACUCUAUACCUUAUGCUGAACCUGGCGUCCUCUGACAUCCUGUGCCUGACCACUGUGCCCGUGUGGAUAUAUACGGUCCUGCAUGGCUGGACUUUGGGCCGUGUCAUUUGUAAGCUAGCCACCUUCCUGCUCUACCUCAGCUUGUAUGCUAACGUGCUAACCGUCACUCUACUCGGCAUCCAGCGCUACAUUCAGGUGCUCUACACACAGAUGUGGAGUCGUCUGGGGAGCAAGGGAGAGGUAGCACUGCUCCUGGCCAUUUGGGUGCUUGCCUGUGUCCUUACCUCCUCUGCCGUGGCCACUCGUGACGUGGGCGAGGGCGAGCAAAAAUGUGAGCGAAAAACCAGGUCAGAUGCUGAAAGAAUAGCGGUCCUUCUCUUGGAGACCCUUCUGGGGUUUGUCGUUCCGUUUUCAGCGCUUAUGGUGUCCUACUGCUGUCUUCACCGGCGUGUAAACCAGACGGCACUGUUCAGCAACACCAAGUUAACAUGGCUGGUCACCAGUGUGGUGGUCGCCUUCUUCAUCUUCUGGAUCCCUGUGCACAUCGUCAACGUUGUGGAUAUUGUCGGCAUCGCGCUACGGGAUUCCUGGCCGAAGGCUUCUGAAAGGUUACUUCGCUACAGGAGCACAGCAGCGCGUGUCGUCCGGAGCUUCACGUUCAUCAACAGCUGCCUGGAUCCCUUCCUGUAUGCCUUUGCCUCACGGAGGAUCAGGGAGAAGCCCAAGGCCCUGUCCGACAAGGGAGAAAGCAGAAUGCAGAGCACAAUGAUCUGA